GCGGCGGAUGAGUCACCGCCGCUCGGCACCGGAUCCUUCCGCCCGCCAGGCACAGUCGGGGCCGUUCCCGGCAGGUGAGGGCAGAGCUCUUCCUUCCGCGGCCGUAUCCUUCCGCCGGCGGGGGCAGCUUCCGGAUCGCCGCGGCUCUGCCCGCUCCCUGCCCCGUUCCGCCAUUGCGGUCCCGUUUCUCCGCUGAGGUGUGACUCCGGUCCGGCUUCGGACUGGAGCCCCAGCCCCCUGCCAGCGCCGCCAUGGCCCAGAUCCUACCGAUCCGCUUCCAGGAGCACCUCCAGCUCCAAAAUCUGGGCAUCAACCCAGCAAACAUUGGGUUCAGCACUCUGACAAUGGAGUCUGACAAAUUCAUCUGCAUUAGAGAGAAAGUAGGAGAACAGGCUCAGGUGGUGAUCAUUGACAUGAAUGACCCCAGUAACCCCAUUCGGAGACCAAUUUCAGCUGACAGUGCUAUCAUGAACCCUGCCAGUAAAGUCAUUGCACUAAAAGCUGGGAAAACGCUUCAAAUAUUUAACAUUGAAAUGAAGAGUAAAAUGAAGGCUCACACCAUGACAGACGAUGUCACUUUCUGGAAGUGGAUCUCUCUGAAUACUGUUGCCCUGGUCACGGAUAAUGCAGUUUAUCACUGGAGCAUGGAAGGGGAGUCCCAGCCUGUGAAAAUGUUUGAUCGCCACUCCAGCCUCGCCGGCUGCCAGAUCAUCAACUACCGGACGGAUGCGAAGCAGAAGUGGCUGCUGCUGACUGGGAUUUCUGCACAGCAAAAUCGUGUUGUGGGAGCAAUGCAGCUUUAUUCUGUAGACAGGAAAGUGUCCCAGCCAAUCGAGGGACAUGCAGCUAGCUUUGCACAGUUCAAGAUGGAAGGAAAUGCUGAAGAAUCCACUCUCUUCUGUUUUGCAGUAAGAGGGCAAGCUGGGGGUAAGUUGCAUAUCAUUGAAGUUGGCACACCACCUACUGGGAAUCAGCCCUUUCCAAAGAAAGCAGUGGAUGUUUUCUUCCCUCCUGAAGCACAAAAUGACUUUCCUGUUGCCAUGCAGAUCAGUGACAAGCAUGACGUGGUGUUCCUCAUAACAAAAUAUGGCUACAUCCACCUGUAUGACCUGGAAACUGGCACUUGUAUCUACAUGAACAGGAUCAGUGGAGAGACAAUAUUUGUUACUGCACAGCAUGAAGCAACAGCUGGAAUUAUUGGAGUAAACAGAAAGGGACAAGUGCUCUCAGUGUGUGUGGAAGAGGAGAAUAUUAUUCCCUACAUCACCAACGUGCUGCAGAAUCCUGACCUGGCUUUACGAAUGGCUGUGCGUAACAACCUGGCAGGUGCUGAGGAACUCUUUGCCAGAAAAUUCAAUGCACUCUUUGCACAAGGGAACUAUUCAGAGGCAGCAAAAGUGGCAGCUAAUGCCCCAAAGGGAAUCCUGCGUACUCCAGACACCAUACGCCGGUUCCAGAGCGUUCCUGCUCAACCUGGACAAACUUCCCCUCUGCUCCAAUACUUUGGAAUUCUGCUUGACCAAGGGCAGCUGAAUAAAUAUGAGUCACUGGAGCUCUGCCGACCAGUGCUGCAGCAGGGACGCAAACAGCUCUUGGAGAAAUGGUUAAAAGAAGAUAAGCUGGAGUGCUCAGAGGAGCUGGGAGACCUUGUGAAAUCUGUAGAUCCUACACUAGCACUCAGUGUCUACCUGCGAGCCAACGUUCCAAACAAAGUCAUCCAGUGCUUUGCUGAAACAGGACAAGUCCAGAAGAUUGUUUUGUAUGCUAAGAAGGUUGGAUAUACUCCAGACUGGAUUUUUCUGCUGAGGAAUGUAAUGAGAAUCAGCCCGGAUCAAGGACAGCAGUUUGCACAAAUGCUUGUUCAAGAUGAAGAGCCUCUUGCAGACAUAACACAGAUUGUGGAUGUCUUUAUGGAAUACAAUUUAAUUCAGCAAUGCACAGCCUUCUUGCUGGAUGCACUGAAGAAUAAUCGUCCCUCUGAAGGUCCCCUGCAAACACGUUUACUUGAGAUGAACCUCAUGCAUGCCCCUCAGGUUGCAGAUGCUAUCCUGGGAAACCAAAUGUUUACUCAUUAUGACCGGGCUCACAUAGCUCAGCUGUGUGAAAAAGCUGGCUUGCUGCAGAGAGCACUGGAACACUUCACAGACUUGUAUGACAUCAAACGUGCUGUAGUUCACACUCAUCUGCUCAAUCCUGAGUGGUUGGUGAAUUAUUUUGGUUCCUUAUCAGUAGAAGACUCUCUGGAGUGCCUGCGUGCCAUGCUGUCUGCUAACAUUCGUCAGAACCUGCAGAUCUGUGUCCAGGUGGCUUCCAAAUACCAUGAGCAGCUGUCAACACAAUCACUCAUUGAGCUAUUUGAGUCUUUCAAGAGCUUUGAAGGUUUGUUUUAUUUCCUGGGCUCUAUUGUAAACUUCAGCCAGGAUCCAGAUGUGCAUUUCAAGUAUAUUCAAGCUGCAUGCAAGACAGGACAAAUUAAAGAAGUGGAAAGAAUCUGCAGGGAAAGCAACUGCUAUGAUCCAGAACGUGUUAAAAACUUCCUCAAGGAAGCCAAACUCACUGACCAGUUACCACUCAUCAUUGUGUGUGAUCGCUUUGACUUUGUCCACGAUUUGGUGCUCUACUUGUAUAGAAAUAACCUCCAAAAAUACAUUGAGAUUUAUGUACAGAAGGUGAAUCCCAGCCGUCUGCCUGUGGUUAUUGGGGGACUGCUUGAUGUGGAUUGCUCUGAAGAUGUGAUAAAGAACCUUAUCCUUGUCGUGAGAGGUCAAUUUUCAACUGAUGAGCUUGUUGCAGAGGUUGAGAAAAGAAACAGGCUGAAACUGCUUCUGCCUUGGCUGGAAGCAAGAAUUCACGAGGGUUGUGAGGAGCCUGCAACUCACAAUGCACUGGCCAAGAUCUACAUUGACAGCAACAACAACCCAGAGAGAUUCCUGCGUGAGAAUCCUUACUAUGACAGUCGUGUUGUUGGCAAGUACUGUGAGAAGAGAGACCCUCACCUGGCCUGUGUGGCUUAUGAACGUGGACAGUGUGACCUGGAACUUAUCAAUGUGUGCAAUGAGAACUCCCUCUUCAAAAGCCUUUCCCGCUACUUGGUUCGUCGUAAAGACCCCGAGCUGUGGGCCAGUGUGCUGCUGGAGAGCAACCCUUACAGGAGACCACUCAUUGACCAGGUUGUACAGACUGCGCUGUCGGAGACACAGGACCCUGAAGAAGUCUCUGUUACUGUGAAAGCCUUCAUGACUGCAGACCUGCCUAACGAGCUUAUUGAACUGCUGGAGAAAAUAGUUCUUGACAACUCUGUGUUCAGUGAGCACAGGAACCUGCAGAACCUGCUCAUUCUCACAGCUAUUAAGGCUGAUCGGACCCGUGUCAUGGAGUACAUCAAUCGCCUGGAUAACUAUGAUGCUCCAGACAUAGCCAACAUAGCUAUCAGCAAUGAGCUCUUUGAGGAGGCGUUUGCUAUCUUCAGGAAGUUUGAUGUCAACACAUCAGCUGUACAGGUAUUGAUAGAGCACAUUGGAAACCUGGAUCGUGCAUAUGAGUUUGCUGAACGUUGCAAUGAGCCUGCAGUGUGGAGUCAGCUGGCUAAAGCACAGCUCCAGAAAGGGAUGGUAAAGGAAGCAAUCGACUCUUACAUUAAAGCAGAUGAUCCUUCCUCAUACAUGGAAGUUGUUCAAGCUGCCAAUGCCAGUGGAAACUGGGAAGAACUGGUGAAGUACCUCCAGAUGGCACGCAAGAAGGCUCGGGAAUCUUAUGUGGAAACUGAACUAAUCUUUGCUCUUGCUAAAACAAACCGUCUGGCAGAGCUGGAGGAGUUUAUCAAUGGACCCAACAAUGCACAUAUCCAGCAAGUUGGGGAUCGUUGCUAUGAUGAGAAGAUGUAUGAGGCAGCUAAGCUGCUCUACAACAACGUCUCCAACUUUGGCCGUUUAGCCUCCACCUUGGUUCACCUUGGUGAAUACCAGGCAGCUGUGGAUGGUGCUCGGAAAGCCAACAGCACUCGCACGUGGAAAGAGGUCUGCUUCGCCUGCGUCGACGGAAAAGAAUUCCGCCUGGCCCAGAUGUGUGGGCUCCAUAUUGUGGUGCAUGCAGAUGAGUUGGAAGAGCUAAUUAACUAUUACCAGGAUCGUGGCUACUUUGAGGAGCUGAUAACCAUGCUGGAAGCAGCACUUGGACUUGAGAGAGCACACAUGGGAAUGUUUACAGAGCUAGCAAUUCUCUACUCCAAAUUCAAGCCACAGAAGAUGAGGGAGCACUUGGAGCUUUUCUGGUCCAGAGUCAACAUUCCCAAGGUUCUGAGGGCUGCAGAACAAGCUCAUCUCUGGGCUGAACUGGUGUUCUUGUAUGAUAAGUAUGAAGAAUAUGAUAAUGCCAUAAUCACAAUGAUGAACCACCCAACAGAUGCUUGGAAGGAAGGCCAGUUCAAAGAUAUCAUCACUAAGGUGGCCAAUGUGGAGCUGUAUUACAAGGCUGUUCAGUUCUACUUGGAAUUCAAACCUCUGUUGCUCAAUGAUCUGCUCAUGGUGUUGUCCCCUCGGCUUGACCACACUCGUGCUGUCACCUUCUUCACAAAGGUCAAACAACUACCACUGGUUAAGCCUUACCUGCGCUCUGUUCAAAAUCACAACAACAAAUCAGUGAAUGAGUCCCUGAACAACCUCUUCAUUAUUGAAGAAGACUACCAGGCUCUUAGGACUUCUAUAGAUGCUUAUGACAACUUUGACAACAUUUCUCUUGCCCAACGUUUGGAGAAACACGAGCUAAUAGAGUUCAGAAGAAUUGCUGCUUAUCUCUUCAAAGGAAACAAUCGCUGGAAACAGAGUGUAGAACUCUGUAAGAAAGACAGACUGUACAAGGAUGCAAUGCAGUAUGCUUCAGAAUCCAAAGAUACUGAGCUGGCAGAAGAGUUGUUGCAGUGGUUCUUGCAGGAGAACAAGAGAGAAUGCUUUGGUGCUUGUCUCUUCACCUGCUAUGAUCUCCUAAGGCCAGAUGUUGUCUUGGAAACAGCAUGGAGGCACAACAUCAUGGACUUUGCCAUGCCAUACUUCAUUCAGGUCAUGAAGGAAUACUUGACCAAGGUGGAUAAACUGGAUGCAUCGGAGUCUUUGAGAAAGGAAGAGGAGCAAGCUACAGAAACACAACCCAUUGUUUAUGGUCAGCCACAGCUAAUGUUGACAGCAGGACCCAGCGUGGCAGUUCCCCCACAAGCACCUUUUGGCUAUGGCUACACUGCCCCUCCCUACGGGCAGCCCCAGCCUGGCUUUGGGUACAGCAUGUGAGGAGCAGCACAGGUCCCCUGCGGAGCCAUCGGUUUUCUUACUGAAACUCCACCGUCCCUCCCCGCUUUAACUCAUAACAGGGAAAAGCAAGAGUUCAGCCUCCUGUUCUUGUAACCUUUAUUUCAUGAAGGACUGUUUGUUUUGUUUGGUUUUUUUCUAGCUCAAAACGAUUUGAAUCACUUCUGUUUAAUUUUUUUUUUUUUUUUCACAUUCCAUGUCAUUUAGACUUUACAGAAGGGGGAAUAGUUUAAACAACUCUGUUCAAAGUGGGCUUUUGCAGGACUGCUUAUUUACCAUUAAGUCUGUUGUGAAGAUUCUGAUUUGCACUCUCUAGUGUUUAAACUCUAAUAUUGAAUCCUAAGUUCAUUGUAUGUGAGCAGCUUACAGUAUGUACUGUCUAUUCUAAAUGCAUUUAAGUCUCACUGUAUAUCCGGGGAAAGCUAAAGCCAAGAUCCUUGUAUUUGACCUCACCAGACUGCUGACAAGAGACAACACUAAUCAGCAUAUCCUACCCUGGUUGGAUAUCAUAGCUCUAAAAAGAAUUUAAAAUGCGUACAGACAACCUUUGCCUGACUUAAAAUGAGUAAAAGUUUUGGGUUUCUCUUUUUUUUUUUUCCUAUUUUUUUCUUUUUUUUUUCCCCUUAACCUAUGCAGGUUUUUCCAGUUAUGCAUAUAGAAACUGCUAGUGUCUUUUUGCUCACUCCAUAUGUAACAGAUGACCUUAUGUUGUGCUGUAUCCUGUGCUUUUGUGGGACAUUCCAUUCAGGAACAGAGCACCAUGAUUCCAAUCUGUGUAUUUACUAACCCUGCCCUGAGGUUUGUGUAUGUUGGAUAUUGUGGUGUUUUAGAUCACUGUUUUUGAGUGUACAGAAGAGAGAAUUCAAGCAUAUUGCUGUUCAGUUUUGUUUGUGCAAUUUGAAAUUACUCAACUUAAAAAAAAAAGAAAAAAAAAUAAAUUACUGGACUGUGGACAUGCUGCAUAGUGGUAGCUUCACUUUACUGUCUUCAAAAAAGGACCUUUGAACUCAAACCAAGUAUUACAGUGCUGGGGGUGUGGGCCACAUGAAGGGGUGUGAGGGGCCACUGGGAGAGCAGCAGUGGAGACCAUUAGUGGUGUCUUGCACUGAGGGGGCUAUACAAGGAGCUGGGUAAUGCUUUUUCUAGAGAGAGAUUAUGGCAGAAGAAAAACAAAAAAUAGCACUUUUUUUAAGAGUUGGCUGCACUGUGGUCAACUCCAGCAUAUUUUGACCAGAUGAUACAUUAGGAUUGUAGUAGGGUGUGUCAGUUAAAUUGAGAUCAUGUUCUAGGUAUGUAAGUUGCCUUAAAUAUAUUUAGCUUCAAAUAAAAUGGACUUAAAUGUUU